UCAGACCCAGCCAGUCGUGCGUGCCAUUUUACGACACUUGUAGCCCAUAACUUUUUUUUACCGUGUUUUACUUUGUUGUAGUUGAGAAGAGUCUUCAAAACUGGAUUUAAUUGUGAAAUUGAGACAAGUAUUAAUCGAAAUUGAUAUAUAGUGCUAUCAUAUCUACAAAAUCAAUUACAAGAAAAUUCAUUCAGGAUUCCUUCUAUAAUUUUCCGAAAUUUUCUAAUUUUGGAGCCAACGUAAUUCCAAUCUGUUAACAAUCAGCGCCUUAGUCUGUUGUGACAAAAUGAGUGCCUGGAGCCCAAAACUGGCUCAUCUUGAAGAUGUCAAUGCAAAUGACAGGCGUCACAAUUCAGUGUCCAGAAUCUUUCAUCGCAUUCGAUCCGGAUCACUUCCGGGAUGGGUUGGUCGUGGUGCUGGUGGGGGUAACAACAUUGCAUCUCCAUUUGCAAAUCCUACAACUACUUGUGAGCUCAUUAGCUCCAUCGUCCCAAGUUCAGGAUCUCAUCUUCCCCUCGAACGGAUUAAGUCACCCAUUCUUGAGCAAAACGGGACAGAAAUGACCUUAAUUUCUCGACCAGACAUGGAAGAAUCUCACACUCCUCCCUUAGAGGAAGAAACAGCAAACUCGACAAGCAGCAGUACGAAUACGAGUUCAGAAACCUGGGCGACAUCUUCAAGAGGACGCCGCUCGGAAUCUACGGCGAGGUGCAUGGAUGACGCUGGACCGUCCAUUUCUUCCUCCUUAACAUCUCAGAACGAAUGUGGCCAUUUUAGUGACCAACUCCCAGUAAAAAUCCCUUUGUUGGACGAUGAACAGAACUUGUACUCGUCACCACUUUCCAUCGAGUCGUCCCCGCUAACCCCCAGAAAACACUUUACCAUGGUUCCAUGUCCGAAGGAUGACCAUUCAGAUCUCUUGGAUCCGGUCAAAGCUUCCAAACACAGGGGGAAUCAAAACCUUGGACUGAUAGUGUCAGCUCUUUAUGGAAAGUUAUUGGUGGUGAUGGGAAUAGCGUUUCCAAUGGCUGAAGUUAUUUCUACCUACAUUCCUCCAUCGUUUUAUGAUGGAUUUUAUCUCUACUUGUAUUUUGGAAGCAUCACAUUCAUGAUUUGUAUUUAUGGGAAUAUGAUGCGACAAAAAGCAACUCGUUCCAUGCGAUGCACUUUACAACGUAUCAGCACCAUGAAGUCCCGAUUGACGUCAGGGAAUUCGACUGCCGCCAGUCCUCCUCGAGACGUAUCUUCUGAUUCUGAAGAAUGUGCAAGUGGCAGCGUUGACCACAAUCACCACUACGAUACGGAAGCCAACUUGGACCAUUCUAAUAAGCAACGUAUUCAUUUUGGCAGCUUUUACCUCCGAAUGGGAGCAGUGGCUUUCGGAAUUGGUAGCAUGAUUUACAGUGGCUUAGAGUUUGGACAGUACUUUGAACUUGAUCCAGACACAAAAUGUCAUAACUUUAUGAUUGCCCUAACACCGGCCGUUCGGAUGAUUUUCACCUUCAUGCAGAUGUACUUUAUCUUCCUCAAUUCGAAAAUGGUCGUUUACAAACUGGAGUUGGGUGCUCAUUUUGGGUUAAUGCACAUGAUAGGAACAAACUUGUGCGUUUGGUUAAACGUUUUGGUACAGGAAACGCGACACGAGAUUUUAAUGUUUUACAAUCCGGACAAUGGGACCAUCACAUAUCCGAACCCAAUCAGCGGAUCUCACUCAAAACCACACCUGCAGGAAUAUGCACAUCCAAUUUUCACUCCAACUAAUUCAGCUUCUUCAAGUCCGACAGCUACCACGACUACUUCCCCACUUCUGUCUCCACCCACAACGUCAUCUCAUGCGAGUGGAGGAUUUGUGGAUAUUUCCUCGAAUAGCACGAUGGCCACGUUGGUCUCUGCAAUGGAGGUCAAUUCUCGAGUGCGAAGAGGUCUCAAGGGUCCCUACUCCUUUCUUGAAUGUAGAAGAUCAGACAUUAUGGGCAAUUUGGUGCAGAAUGCGUCCCCAUUUCUCUUCCCGUGUUCAAUCGAAUAUAGUCUCAUAUGCGCUGCGAUAUUAUACGUUAUGUGGAAAAGCAUGGCCAAGAUUAACAACAAACGGCUUCCUCAUGGACCGUUUCACCAAAUGCAUCUCCCCAAAAGGUCUCCUCAUCAUUAUUCAGUAGAUUGCGCUCGUGCCAACAAAGGACUGUUUCUAGGAAUAUUUGUGCUGGUCAUGACAAUAAUCAGUCUGAUCCUUUUCUUUGUGCUAAUAACUCGACCUGGUUAUCAAGCUUUGGCCGUUUUGGAAGUGAACAUUACAGAAUUUGUAUUGUACACGAUGACAACGGUGGCAGUCCUCAUAGGAAUGUGUCAGAUGCGCGAACUGAGAUAUGUCAGAAGUCGAAAUCUAGAGCUUGACAACAUCUUGCUAAUCGUGGCACAAACUGGGUCUUUUAUUUACAACGUCUUUACAAUUAUCGGAGGGCACUUUACCAUGAAGAAGAACACAGCGUUGGUUCUGGUGACCGCAUUGUCGUCCUUGAUUCAACUCUUGGUCCAAACCUUGUUUAUUCUGGAUGCAUCUAAAAGGUCCGCAGCUACUUCUGAACAAGCGAGAAGGAAACCGGGCAGAGAAGUGGUCACUUUCCUCCUCGUGACCAACUUGGCCAUGUGGGCGAUCAACACACUGGAAAAAUCCAGAGCAGAUUCUCAUCCGGUGCAGUUGAAAUUUUAUGGCGUUUGGGCAUGGACCAUUAUAACCCACAUUUCGAUGCCCCUCGCUAUUUUCUACAGAUUCCAUUCGACAGUUUGCUUAUGCGAGAUAUGGAAACGGGCAUACAAGGUCAAACCCCCGGUUUAUAGGUAACUGGAGAACAGGAUGCAAUCAAUGAAUACGAAAAAAGCCACCCCACAACAAUUUAUACGUAUUUGUGUGAUAUUCUAUGAAAUGAUGUCAACCAUUUUCGUACAGGUGGCUAUUUACAUAUGACUGGUUAUGCAUAAUAAUUGUGUAUUAAAAGUAAGUGGAAUGUCAAUUCUGCAAACAAUAAAUUUUUAAUAGAUACCAUA